AUGUCAAUACAAAAUUCUACCAUGCUAAAAUUAGAAAAUUUAAAGUUAAUAUGGCUCGAUGAAAAUUUUACCGACACAAGCGAAGAGCAUUGUCGUUUAUUAUUAGUUCGCGGCGAAAAACUUAUUCCGUAUCGAACAAAACCAUUUACAGAAUUUCAAUUAUGUUACAAUUAUAUUUCAUCACUUGAUAAAAAUACUUCAAAAAUGUUUUUAGUCGUUUCCAGUUUAUUAGAAAAGAAAAAAAGGAUUAAAUUUUCUAAGUUACCACAAGUCAAGCCUAUUUAUCUAUUUAAUUCAUAUUCAGAAACUAAUCAUCAUCCGAAACUGUUAUAUAAUCCAAAUACAAUCGAUUUAAGAAGAGAUUUAGAAUUGUCAGAACAAAUGACACCUCAGAUUGAGCCCGAUGUCUCAUUUUCGCACGUAAAUCCGGAAACAUCUGUUUUACAACAAAUAGUAAAAGAAAUUCUAGUUCGAUUACCCAAAAAUGUACAAGCUAAACAAGAUCUAAUAGAAUGCUGCGAAAGUUUUUAUAAAACAAAUCCUGCACAAUUGAAAAUGAUCCAUAAUUUUAACGAUGAAUACGAUCGGUUUACACCCUGUAAUUGGUAUACACGACCUAAUUUUCGUCUUCAUUCUAUAUUAAAUAGAACGUGUAUAUCUGAGAAUAUUGACUUGAUAUUUAAAUUGCGUUAUUUUAUUAGCGACCUGUACAGUCAACUAAAAUAUUUAUAUUAUCAACAAUUGUCUAAACGACCAUUAUACACAUCUGUUUAUCGAGGUAAAAGGAUGACAAUGGAUGAAUUCCAAAAAUUAAAAGAUAACAUAGGUGGACUCAUAUGUACAAAUUCAUUUCUGUCAACAACAACAUGUCGUGACAUAGCUUUGAUGUAUUGCGGUUCUGAUAUCGAAGAACUAAAAUCUCAUAAGAAAGUCAGUGUUGUUUUUAAGAUAGAAACAGACACAACAAGCAUGAUGACAAAACCAUAUGCCAAUAUCACCCAAUGGAGUUUCAAGCCAGAUGAAGAGGAAGUUUUAUUUUCGAUGGGAGCGAUAUUUAAAAUAAUGGCAGUUGAACAAAGUAACGAUAAUAUUUGGGGAAUUCAACUAGCCCUUGUGAAGGAAGAAGAAAAAUUUGAACAGGGUAUAAUCAAUGAUUGUUUAACACGGAUUACAGUCCCUGAAUUUAGCAGGCAAACGCGUAUCAUCAAACGACUUAGUACGGCACUUAAAUUCAAAUGUCAACUCCCGAUCAAAUCAGCUGGCCCUGUCGAUCCAGCAAAUCUGCUGGACUGGGAAGCUGUCAUUUUCGGUCCAUUAAAUACGCCUUAUGAAAACGGUGAAUUUCGAGUUUCAAUUUCAUUUCGAGAAAUGUACCCGCUUUGGCAACCAAAAUGUUCAAUGAAAACGACAGUAUAUCAUCCAAAUAUUUCUGCCAGUAAUGGCAGCAUAUGCAUGAGGUCACUCUCAAAUGCAGGAUGGAGGCCUGCAAUGACAGUGCAAGAAAUACUAUAUGGAAUUUAUGAUUUGUUACAAAGACCGAAUGGCGAUGAUUAUUUAGAACAAGAUAUAGCAAAUUUACUUAAACAAAACAAAGAUGAAUUUAAUCGUCGAGCUAAUGAAUAUACAGUCAAACAUGCAAUUCCCAGCAUUAGUAAGACAUUCGGUAAGAAUAGUCUUUCAUAG